CACAGUGCCGUGUCUCGUGUUGAACGCACUAGACGACCCACUGUGUGUGGAGGAGAACAUUAGGUAUGACAUCGUUGAGACAACGCAAGACUAUACCCUGGUCACCACACGCAGUGGCUCGCACGUGGCUUAUAGAGAGGGUAUCCUGGGACAGACAUGCUACAUGCACAGGAUCGCGCUGGAUUUUCUGGAGAGUUCUAAACUUGAGCUGGAGCAAAACAGUCAUCAGGAUUGAGGGAACAUGUACAUGGAUAGUACAUAUACAUCAAUUGUACUAGGAAUGUGGGCGCAGAUUUAGAAUACCAUCUCAAUCGGAGCAUCGGAUCUAUGCUUGUCCUGGUUACCCAUGUGCAGUGGCUCGCACGUGGCGUAUAUAUAUAUAUAUAUAGAGAGAGAGAGAUAGAGAGUCCUGGGGCAGAGAUGCUACAUGCACAGGAUUGCGCUAGGUACCCUCGAGAAUGCCGAGGCCUAGACGCUAUCUUCUACUUUCUUUAUUCCCCUUAAGGUUUGUGUCCAAGCUUAGGGUUCCCUUUCUUUCUAUCAGUUGUAGUAAAUUAGGAAAUGGCAUCUGCGUAUUCAGAGAUGGAAUCAGAGACUGGAUGUACAUUCAAGCCGUUAUUAGAAUCAGGGUACCUCUAGCUACUUCACUCCAUUUCCACGCGUGAUAGCUGGCAAUGGGCCGGAGGAAUAGAGGCAACGUGCCAGUGAUAAUGUGUACAAGAUUGCGCCGGGCCAUGGUAGGUAAUGCCAUACUUUACCUGGACGACGACAGCCAUCGGCCGUAGAUUUGGAAUUGGACCAACGGCACUACAUAGUGCUAGUACGUACUGAAUUAAAAAUUAGAUAAAUGAUGACAAUGCGCAGGACUAGCUUACGCAACUAUAUUCGGGUCACCACACCUAGUCACCCGCGUAUGAUAUAAAGAGACUGAGUUUCUGGCCAUGUUAUGAUUGAACACAAUUACUCUGUGGUUUGGAAAUAAUUUUAAUCUAAGCAAGCAACAAGAACAACAAUUGCGGCUGGGAAUAAAGCU